AUGAUGACUAGUGCUGAACAAGAAUUUGAUGAAUUCAAAACACUCGUUACUCAGUUAAAUGAUAAUGAACUCGAAGCCGACGUGAAUGCCUACAUCAAGAAGAAUGGAGGAGAAGCAAAAUCAAUACUCGAACGUGUCUUGAGGAAGCUUAUACCAUCUCAACCUACUUCAGCUGCCAACAAGAAGAGAAAGUUGGACGAUCAGGUCGCAGCACUACCAGACGACAAACCAAUUCUCGCGACCAUUCACGAUGUAUCCGUCGUCUCCCCAAUACGUAAGAAGUGUGAUGUAUCGAUAACCGAAACCACAAUCUCAUUCUGUAACAAGGAUAAGAUCGAGUUCACAAUGGCCAUAUCUAGCAUCACACAUAUCUUGUGUCUACAGACGCCCGAAAAGCAGAAAGCACAUUGGACGUUUGUGUUGAUUGGGCUGCCUGAAGCUAUAGCAUUCGGACUGGAAGAUAAAGGAGGUGUUGAAAAGGGUGGUGGAGUCAAGAUCUCGAAAGGAUCUGAAGUCACGGUCGUGGAAAAAGUGAAUAGUAAUAAGGAGCCUGUAAUUGAGUUGCUUGAAGCUCUGGUAGCAAAGAAGAGCAGCGGAUCCGCCAAAGCCAUUCAAUCGAACGAGAAGGACUUUAAGAGUGUUGCCAACAAGGGCAAGCCCUAUGUAGGAGCAAACAUUGGUUCACGGCAAGGGGUUAUGUAUUGUCUACGAGAAGGCAUAUUUCAUGGCUUUAGGAAACCAAUGUUGUUUAUACCUAUGAAUCAGAUUCAAACCGUUGGUGUAUCCAGUGUUGUUCAACAUACAUUCUCGUUGACUGUUGAUCAGAUUCGCGGUGAUGAUACUGUGCAGCACGAAUUCAGUUAUAUUUCGACUGUCGAGUAUGAUAACGUAUCGACCUUCUUGGCUAAAUUCAAGUCUCUGUGGAAUACUACACCCAUCGUUAAAGCUAAGGAAGAGCAAUCGAAAGCUGAUGGUACAUCCGCAGCAGACGAUGAAGCUGGUCCUGUUGCCGAAAAGGCUAUAGAUGAAUCUGACGAGGACGACGAAGAUUUUGAAAUGGAUUCGGAUGAUGAUGAAGUCGGCGAAGAAUACGACUCAGAUCAUGAUAGUGAAGCUGGUGCUAACACUAGCGGUACUGCUGCCGACGCUGAGGAAGAGUUGGGAAGCGUGGAUACAGCAGAGGAGGAUGAAGAAAAUGGUGAUGAUGAGGACGAGGAAGAACAAGAAGGGGAAGAGAAAAGUGAUUCGGAAGACGCGGUAGCUCAAGACAAAAUGGACGUUGAUAAAACUGCUGAAGCCGAGUAUACACUUAACGUUAAUUUGAAUGACGUCCGUCUAGAAGUCAAGGCUCGAUAUCUGGUUAAAGCAUCGAUUUCAACAAAAGGAUCAAUCCCGUCCCUAAACGAUGUGUCAAGCGAUGCACAGCAAACAGAUGUCAGCAAGAUAGCAUCUACCAAACCUACAUUCAAUACAAGUGCAUUCCACUUUCCACUAUCAGGCUCUCCACCGCUGUAUUUGGACACAUCAGAACUUUCAUUAACAUGUUUUCGUGUCGACGAUGCCGUGGACUCUGAACCUGUUAUAGUAGGAGAAGCCUCAUUGCCUUUAACAGACACAUAUGAGUACCUUGUGGCUGGCAAAUUAACCAAAUCUGUAAAAUUCAUUGGAUCGAAGCUGGUCAAUAUCAAGAAAAACAAUGGACAGAGGGUGUCGUAUGUUAUUGGUGAGGCUACAAUUGUAUUGAAUAUUGAGAGGCAUAUCAGCAGUGGGCUUUCGUAUUCGAACUUGGAACGGGGGGCUAGUGCGGUGAGAGGGAACAGCGCCGGUGUCGCUGUAGAUCAUCAGGGUGUCAUAGGGUCGACUAGUUUUGGAUCUAGGCUGGAUAUGAAGCCCGGGAGACAGUUUACGGUUAAUGGGAGUCUUGAUGCGUUGAGAGAUUCAUUGUCGAGGGAUGAACCGCAAAUACAGCCUGCCGCACGUCAGAUUAGCGCAUUAACAGACGAUCUGCGGCCGAUACGCAAGGAAUCGUCCCCUCGACUACCACGCAACCUCAGCGCUAACCACCAGAAUCCACCCUCAACAACCUCACCAUCUCAACGUGACAUAACAUACUACCAAAACACAAUAGACAGGCUCCUCCAAGAACUGAACUCUCGUACAGACGCCCUCAAACGAGUCGGUGCAGAUCUGGUAGCGGGUCGAGAAAUACAAGCAAAACUAGAAUCCAAGAUUCGAGAACUCCGGAAAAGGAUUGCUGAAUCUGAUGGUCAAACUGCUAUGCUUAUGGAUAUGAUGGAUUUGGAUGUGCUUAGUGCGGAAGAGUUACGGAAACGGUAUACGAUCCUGUGCAAGAAACUGAAACAGGAGAAGGCGUAUUCGAGGGAUAUGGUUGAGAGGCUGGAAGUUGUUCAGAAUGUUGCUAUAGAGAAAAACGAAUUGGAAAAAUCUUUCUUGGAGAUACGGCAAGCACACACAGCGCAGGCAGCAUACGUGCUAGCUUUACAAGAAACAGUAGAAGAGGGAGCAAAGGCAACUUCUUUGGCCAAGAAGCAGGAAGCCAUGAUCAAAAAACUUCAACGUGAUUUAAGUGAUCAGCAGAGACUUGUUAAAGAAUCUGGCAGGAGGCAUGCUGAAUCCGCAGAAUUCCCGCGUCGAUACGUUGAACUCGAAUCACUACGACGACAAGGUGGUGAGACAAAUGAGAUAUCUAGAGCUCUGUCGAAUGAGAAUCAAGAGCUCAAGCAGCGGUUGCUUGAUAUGGAGAAUAGGAUCAAGUUUCUGUCGGAACCCAAAGAAGACAGAGCCCGUGAUCAACGAGUUGUGCAUCAGGCUGAUCCAGAGCUUGCUAAUUUGCGGAUGGAGCUUGUCAAUGAGUUGAGGGAAGAAGUUGCUAGAGAGAACAGAAGGGCCGACGAUGCAGAGCGUGAACUCAGGGAUUAUAGACUGGAAUGUGAACGAGCCAUCCAGAGUGAGAAAGCUCGAGCUGAUCGUGCCGAAUCUCAUGCUCAAGCUCUGAAUGCUGAGGUCAUCGAUUUUGCUCGCCAAUUCGCUGUUCUGAAGGGUGAAUUGAAGAAGAAGGGACAGGCAUUGCGUACUCUACGUGAACGUAUUGCAGUUGUGGAGAGUAUAUCAAGCUCUCCAGUCUCGUCACGAGCUCCAACACCACAACAGAGUCGCUCAACAACCGAGCUUAGAGGGACUGGAUCUCAGAGGAUUUUGGACAGAAUAUGA